AUGCCGGAGACAUUCGAUGUAGAGCAUGUUCUGGCGAACAUCAGCGAGCAGGACAAGAUCGCUCUUCUAUCUGGAAUUGAUUUCUGGCACACGCAUCCUAUCCCCGAAUUCAACGUCCGCUCGAUUCGCGCCACCGACGGUCCCAAUGGUAUCCGAGGCACGAAAUUCUUCGCCGGUAUCCCCGCUGCAUGUUUGCCCUGCGGCACUGCUCUGGGCGCCACCUGGGAUCGAGAUCUGAUAUACCAAGCGGGGGAGUUGUUGGGCGACGAGUGCAUUGCGAAAGGGGCGCAUUGUUGGCUGGGUCCGACAAUCAACAUGCAGCGCGCUCCCCUCGGUGGCCGCGGGUUCGAGUCGUUUGCAGAAGAUCCGCAUCUCUCGGGUAUUCUGGCCAAAUCAAUCAUCCUCGGGUGCGAAAGCAAAGGGAUCAUUUCCACGGUGAAGCAUUUCGUGGGCAAUGACCAGGAACAUGAACGCCGCGCGGUGGAUGUCCUCGUCACCCAGCGUGCCUUGCGCGAGAUCUACCUACGACCCUUCCAGAUUGUGGCGAGAGAUGCGAAGCCCGGCGCGCUCAUGACCUCGUAUAAUAAGAUCAAUGGCAAACAUGUGGUGGAAGAUGCGCGCAUGCUCAAUCUGAUCCGCGAGGAGUGGAAGUGGAAUCCGCUGAUUAUGAGCGACUGGUAUGGGACAUAUACAACCAUCGACUCUAUAAAUGCGGGCCUUGACCUGGAAAUGCCGGGAGUGUCCAGAUAUCGGGGAAAGUACCUCGAGUCUGCCAUGCAGGCCCGACUGAUCAAGCAAUCGACAAUCGACGCACGGGUGCGAAAGGUCUUGGAAUUCGUGAAGCAAGCGAGUCAGGUCCAGGUGUCAGAAGUCGAGCAAGGACGGGAUUUCCCAGAGGAUAGAGCGUUGAAUCGCGAAAUCUAUCAAAAGAUCGCCCUGAUUGGAUCCCACAUGAAGUCUCCAGCAAUCUCCGGGGGUGGCAGUGCGUCGCUUGAGCCAUAUUACUCUGUCUCGUUAUAUGACGCCUGCAAGGAAGCUCUUCCUAACGCGGAGGUGCUUUACGAAGCGGGCGCAUACGCCCAUAGGAUGCUCCCCGUGAUAGACCGGCUCCUGAGCAACGCUAUUAUUCAUUUCUACAACGAGCCGAUGAACCAGGAACGGCAUUUGAUCAGCACCGAGCCUGUAUCGACGUCCGCCGUCCAGUUCAUGGACUACUAUGCUCCGGGCCUCAACCGAGGGCUCUUCUGGGCCACACUGAUUGGCGACUUCACGCCCGACGCAUCUGGGCUUUGGGACUUUGGCCUGAGUGUCUUUGGAACCGCAAAUCUCUAUAUUGACGACGAGCUCGUGAUUGACAAUACCACGAACCAGACGCGUGGAACCGCAUUCUUCGGCAAAGGCACCAUUGAGGAGCUGGGAUCGAAGGAAUUAGUCGCAGGGUCUACAUACAAGAUCCGCAUUGAGUUCGGCUCUGCCAACACUACCACCAUGAAAACGGUCGGAAUGGUGAAUUUCGGUGGCGGCGCCGCCAAUCUGGGGGCCUGUCUACGGAUGAACGGGGAUGAAAUGAUCGCAAAGGCCGUGGAAGCUGCCGCAGAGGCCGACUACACCAUUCUUUGCACCGGGCUCAACAAAGACUGGGAGUCUGAAGGGUUCGAUCGCACGCAUAUGGAUCUGCCACCGGGAGUUGACCGGUUGAUCUCAAAGGUGUUAGAGGCCGCCGCAGACAGGACCGUCAUCGUCAAUCAGUCCGGUACACCAGUGACUAUGCCAUGGGCCGAUCAGGCGCAGUGCAUUGUGCAGGCUUGGUACGGAGGUAACGAGACGGGCCAUGGAAUUGCCGAUGUUCUCUUUGGAGAUGUCAAUCCAUGCGGCAAGCUGCCCUUGUCCUGGCCGGUGGAUGUGAAACACAACCCGGCCUACCUGAACUUUGCCAGUGUGGGUGGCCGAGUGCUGUAUGGUGAGGACAUCUAUGCCGGUUAUCGAUUUUAUGAGAAGACCGGACGAGAAGUCCUCUUUCCAUUUGGUCAUGGCCUGUCAUACACGACCUUCGAGAUCUCACCAAGUGUUACCGUCGCCCCGGAGAUCUUCAACAUGGACCGUCCUACGGCCGCAACGGUACAAAUCAAAAACACGGGACAACUGGCGGGCGCCCAGAUUCUCCAGCUGUACAUCUCUGCCCCCGAAUCCCCAACCCCGCGUCCAAGCAAGGAACUGCACGGUUUCGAAAAGGUAUUCCUGCAGCCCGGAGAAGAGAAAACAGUGGACAUCCAGCUGGACCGAUAUGCGACCAGCUUCUGGGACGAGAUCGAGGAUAUGUGGAAGAGUGAGCAAGGGACGUAUGAAGUGUUGAUUGGAACCUCAAGCCAGGAAAUGGUGGCCCGCGGGACAUUCCAAGUGGACCGUACCACGUAUUGGCGGGGACUCUAA